CACAUGUUAGCCUCUGCUGGUCUGCAAUGGCCACGCGCACUCACUGGAUUGCGCAUGCUUCCAUCUGACAUGGCGGAUCCUCAGAUACUGGCAUCUCUGCAGAUUCAGUCAACUCCCUGAGACUCUUUGGAACGAGUCCGACCGCGCGCUAGCGGUCGACGUCAGCUGUCGUCGCUCGAUGCAAAGAUGUUCCCUUUGGCCUAUCAGCGCACGACAAUUUCGCCCCGCGUCUCAUGGUCUCAAUGACGCCCCAGUCCGCUGGCAACACAUCACGGCAUCGCAUGCCGCUGGUGACUUUCUCAUCGCCAAGUCGACAGAUCUCUAUCCCUUUGGCCAGCCAACGUCAGACCGCGCCAAAGCAGUCCUACAUGAUCUCACAUGGAGCCUGCGAGAUAGGCCGGACGAGGCAUGGGCAGUCGUCGGACCUAGUGCAAGCGCAUUUGUGAAUGCAACUGUCUUUGGUCAAGCUCGAGCAGAUCCUCCUCGUUCGCUUGUCAGACCCUUCCUCGGCCAGAGAUACAACAUUGACGAUCUCACUGCCAGAGUGCACUUCAAGACCCGCUUGGAAGCACAUGGCGGCGGGUCCGGCGAGUUCAGAGACUACACGUCGCGCUAUUAUGCUUUGCGAGAAGAGGAGACUCUGACGCUACGUGACCAUCUGCUAGCUCGUGCAGAUGCUAGCGUGACGUCGGACCAACUCAACCAGAGUGCAGCUCUACUCAAUCUGGACCACCUGCUCCCAUUGCCUCUCGUCACGCUAUCGAACGGUCAGACGAGACGCGCCCGAAUUUGCCUUGGCCUGCUCAAACGGCCAAACCUGCUUUGCCUCGAGGAGCCGUUCACAGGCCUAGAUGCCAGCAAUCGUGCUCAUCUGACGACGAUGCUCCAUGAGCUUCACCAAACUGGUUCGCCACGAGUCUUACUCGUCUUGCGCCAAAAUGAUCCUCUACCGCCCUGGAUCUCCCACGUCAUCGAGACUGGACCGAGCUGUGCGAUCGCUUACCAAGGCCUGGCGAGCGCUUGGACUAGACAGUCAGAUGGCAAACAGACAAGUGGUGCUGAAAGACCGAAGCGGGUACAGGGAGGCAAAGAGCUUGUCAAGCUCAGCAAGCUUCAAGUUAAAUAUGCAGAUCGGCCUGUACUCACGAAUAUAGACUGGACCAUCAGAGCAGGGGAACGAUGGGCGCUCAAGGGUCCCAACGGCUCUGGAAAAUCUACCGUCCUGUCUGUCAUACUGGGCGACCAUCCGCGAUCCUAUACGCAAUCUGUCGAGCUUUUCGGUAAGCCGCGAGCAUCUCAAGCGACCGUGCAGUUGCGAAGUCAGAUGGGCACCGUCUCGCCUGAGCUCUACAAUGCCUUCCCUCGCAAGCCUGCGCACAGUGGCGGUAUGACUGCGAGAGAAGCGAUUGCUACUGGCUUCGACGGCAUCUUUUCCUAUCGUAGACGCACGCAAGAUCAAGACGAUGCGAUUGAUCGGUUGCUGACCGACUUUGAUUACUCAGAGGUCAUAACAGAGAACUUCCUGGCGACUCUGUUUUCAGAGCACUCAUCGGGCGCUCAGUCGCUCAUCCUGCUGCUCCGUGCUCUCGUCAGUCGGGCAGCUCUGAUCAUACUCGAUGAGCCUUUUGCGGGCAUGACAGCAGACGCCAUCGCAAAAGCAAGACACUACCUCGCUCAUCGUCUUGAUGACGACCAAGCGCUGGUCCUCAUUUCGCAUCAUGACGAGGAGUUCCCAGACUGUAUCACGAAUACGCUGCAUCUAGACGCAGGUAUAUCAAGGUUCGAAUGAGAUUGCAUCUUGCAGGCAGUUGAGUGAGGGCAGUCAUUUGGGAGUGACACAAAAUGAGAUGUACGCCUUCAUCCUUGUUACACAUGUGCACAGCUAGGCAGCAGGUGCAGCAGGUGCAGCUUCGCUGGCAGAGGCAGCAGGAGCAGCAGUAGAGCUGGAUGUAGCACUUGAGAGACCAAAAGUCGGCAGAGGAGUCAGUGGUGCCCCUUUCUUGGCUUCUGCGAUUCUCUUGGCUUCCUGCUCGCGAGGACAUCAGCGAGGCGUCAUGCGUAGACGGCAA